CCGAGGGAAAGCACUGCCCCUUCGCUUCUGCAUCUCUGCGUGGGGAUACGCGGGAAACGCCAGUGCCAGCAGCGGGGCGGCUCCCACAGCCCACCCGGUCCUUCCCUGCGGGGACAAUGUUCGCGGUUCCCCCGCCCCGGGGCCGCGCAUCCCCGGCCGGGGCAGGGCGGGCCCCGGGGCCGGGCGAGGCGGAGCCGUCGGGCAAGGCGGCCGGUGCCCAUGGGAGCCCGGCGGGGGAGGCUGCGGGCCGCUGGACGCCCAUGGCUUUCAGCCCGGGCUUGCUGGUGGUGGCCGGUUCCUUCGCCGCUUUUCGGCUGCUGAACCGGGGACUGGAGCGGCUGGUGCCGCCGCCGCCCUCGGCCCGGCGCAACCGCUGGAAGUGGCGCAACAUCUGGACAUCGCUGGCGCACAGCGUGCUGAGCGGCGGCGGGGCGCUGGCCGGGUUCUGCCUCCACCCUGGGCUGUCUGAGGACCUGGUGGUCACAUACCCACCCGGGGCGCACAGCUUAGUCGCUGUAUCUGUCGGUUAUUUCCUUGAAGACUUUGUGGACAUGUUCUGCAAUCAGAAACUUCACCAGUCCUGGGAGCUGCUCUUCCAUCACUCCGUGGUGAUUGUCUGCUUUGGUAUUGCAGUGCUGCUCCAUCAGUAUGUUGGGUUUGCCCUUGUGGCUUUAUUGGUGGAGAUUAACUCCAUCUUCCUCCACCUGCGACAGAUCCUGCUCAUGGCCAACCUGGUGCACACCACCUGCUACCGCCUCAACAGCAUCAUCAACCUGGGCACCUACGUGGUGUUCCGCAUCGCCACGCUGGCCUGGAUGACUCGCUGGCUCUUCCUCAAUCGGGAGAACGUGCCCCCGGCAACGUACGCUGUAGGCACGGUGGGCAUGGCAAUCAUGACACCCAUGAACAUCAUCCUCUUCUACCGCCUACUGCGUAGUGACUUCUUCAAGUCCAGCCGGGACGUGCAGUGGGAGAAGGAGCAAUAGCCCCAUUCCCCACAGGGUCUGGGGGAUGAACAGCCCCGAGCCUGUGGUGGAGGACAGCAAAGCGCAGUGGAGAGUGAAUGUGGCUGUUUCGGUACUUUGCGUGGAGGGUCCUCACUAACAGGGCACCUGGGAUUUUCUUGUUGCUGCAGAUCCUGGGCCCUGCACAGCAGAGAAGGUGCUCACAGACCAGGCAGUGGGGCUCUGCUCUCCUCACACCUUUGGAUGAGGUGGUCGGAUGACCAGGAGCUGAUCAGAGAAGCCUCGACAGCUCUUGCAGCUCCCUGAGGCACCACUGAGAUGAGAAGGGAGCAGAAGAGCACUGUUUCCCCGCUGCUUUUAUGGAUAUCCAAACACCAGAGUGUGUUUCUAACCCCUUUGAUGCUGCAGCCUGCAGCGUCCCAUCAGCCAGGGGACCAGCCCUGUGUUCUCUGUGGUACUUCCCAUGGGAGCACCACCAGGCAAGAGAGGCUACAAGGCUUUGCCCUUGAGGCCAGGGCCAGCAAAAGCCAAAUCCUGCGCUCAUGAGUCCUCCCCAAGGAGAUUGUCCCAGGUGGGUGAUGGAGGGAGAGGCUGAGACCUGCCUGGGUGGGAUGCUGCUUGCUGUGGGGUCCAGGUUGGGGGCAGAGCACUGGGCAGCGGGUGCUGCAGUGCUGUGUUUGGGGACAGGCCACCAACUUCUGUUGACAACUAGAGCUUUUUCUGUGUUGUUUUGUUCUCAGAUAUGUUAAGUGUCUAUAAAUGAGCACGGGAGAGCGUGAGUCGCUAGCCAGGAUGAUGCUAUGUGAUGGUCAUUUCUCACAGAUGUGAAGUUUUCAGGAUUAGGCAUUUAUUAGGAUUUAGGCAUCUAUUAGGAUUUAGGCAUCUAUUAGGAAGGAAAAGUUCUGCUGCAGAGCCCAGUGUAACACUCUUACCCAGCAGCAAGAGCUCUAACACAAGCUUUUAAUAAAUGGCUGCAAAUGAAACAGGUUGAAGGGGCUUGGAGGGAAAAAGGGACUCAGCAUCCCAGCUGGCUCCAGGGGUGUCACUUCUUAGCACAGUGCUUCUUAUUCUAUGUCUCUCCACCACAGAGUAAAAAUACACUGUAUGCUGGCA